AUGGCUGGCCAUGACGGCGUAGGCCAGUGGCGAGAGCAUGAUCGGUUUACACGAGUGCGGGACGCAGACGAUGCCCUGGUGGUGGUGCUGGUCCCUGCACAGGCUGCCCAUCCUGGGCCUGUCGAUAAUGAACUGCUUGGAGCCACCAUCACCCCCGCCGGCUUCUUACCGGGGCUGGCCGGGGAGCUGACCCGGAGCAAACCCCCCCCCCCCCCCACGGCAGAGCCUGGGGAGCCCGAGGGCGAGGAGCAGGUGCCCGGGGAUGGGCAGGAUGAGGACACCCUGGAAGCAGAGUUCUCCCUGGAGAAGCACGCCCGGAGGAGGAAGCGGCCACCUGUGAGGCUGGUGCCCAAGGUCAAGAGUGAGAAGGCAGAGGUGGCAGCAGAAACGUCAUACGACACGUCUGUCCCCGGGGACGAGGAAGCGAGAGGCCAGCCGAGGCCACCCGCCCCAGCCCCAGAGCCGGCCAGGAGCCGGGCAGUGCAUAGCGGUGCCAUGAAGAUGAUCGACCUGGGCACCUUCAGCAGGAAGCCCCGGCGCUGCGCGCACUGCGGCCGGCACCGGGCUGUGAGGCACCGAGCUGUGCCGCGGGGCGGUGACCCAGACGGCGGCCCCGCCGGGGCCUGCGGACCACAGGCACGUUCGAGGCGGGCGCCCCGUCCCCUGGUGAGGUGGGAGGCCCCCGCGCCGGGGGACCCCGAGCAGGGGAAGAGCGAGCAGGGCUGUGGCUGGCAGGAGCCAGGGGAGCUGGAGGCAGAGGUGGCCGGUGGCACCAGCGAGCGCAGCAGGAAGGCGCAGCUGGACCGGCUGGACAUAAACGUGCAGAUCGACGACUCCUACCUGGUGGAGGCCGGGGACCGCCAGAAGCGCUGGCAGUGCCGCAUGUGCGAGAAGUCCUACACCUCCAAGUACAACCUGGUGACCCACAUCCUGGGCCACAAUGGCAUCAAGCCCCACUCCUGCCCACACUGCAACAAGCUGUUCAAGCAGCCCAGCCACCUGCAGACCCACCUGCUGACCCACCAGGGCACGCGGCCCCACAAGUGUGGGGUGUGCAGCAAAGCUUUCACCCAGACCAGCCACCUGAAGCGGCACAUGCUGCUGCACACUGACAUCAAGCCCUACAGCUGCCGCUUCUGUGGCCGUGGCUUUGCCUACCCCAGCGAGCUGAAGGCGCACGAGGUGAAGCACGAGAGUGGGCGCUGCCACGUGUGCGUGGAGUGCGGGCUGGACUUCUCCACGCUCACCCAGCUGAAGCGACACCUGGCCACACACCAGGGCCCCACGCUCUACCAGUGCCUGGAGUGCAGCAAAUCCUUCCACUACCGCAGCCAGCUGCAGAACCACAUGCUGAAGCACCAGAACGUCCGGCCCUUUGUCUGCACAGAGUGUGGGAUGGAGUUCAGCCAGAUCCACCACCUCAAGCAGCACUCGCUCACGCACAAGGGUGUGAAGGAGUUCAAGUGCGAGGUGUGCGGGCGGGAGUUCACGCUCCAGGCCAACAUGAAGCGGCACAUGCUGAUCCACACCAGUGUCCGCCCCUACCAGUGCCACAUCUGCUUCAAGACCUUCGUGCAGAAGCAGACGCUCAAGACCCACAUGAUCGUGCACUCGCCUGUGAAGCCAUUCAAGUGCAAGGUCUGUGGGAAGUCCUUCAACCGCAUGUACAACCUGCUGGGGCACAUGCACCUGCACGCUGGCAGCAAGCCCUUCAAGUGUCCCUACUGCUCCAGCAAGUUCAACCUGAAGGGCAACCUCAGCCGGCACAUGAAGGUCAAGCAUGGGGUGAUGGACAUCAGCCUGGACAGCCAAGAUGCCAUGAUGGAGCUGGCCGGGCCCGACCACGCCGAGCUGGAUGGGCAGCAGGAGAUGGACGACUUUGAGGAGGAGAACUCUUACAGCUACGGGGCAGUGGGCAACCCCCCGGACGAGCACGCGCUGGCCGAGCAGGCCAUGAAGGAGAUGGCGUACUACAACAUGUUGUAGCCGGGGCUGGCAGGGCUGUGGGGGCUUGGCAGGGUGAGAGGGGCUGCGGCAUCCAGCCAGAACCCCUAGAACUGGAGGUGGUGCUCCUGCUGGGGUUGGAGAACACAGGGAUGUCCAGAAGCCUUUGCCGGACCUGCCGUGGCUCCACUGCUGCCCCCCUGCCCGCGCCCCACGCCCGGUGACUUGAAACUGCGGGCAGGGGAGGCACAACCCAGAAAAUCACUGAAUGGGUAAGGGUGGAAGGGGCCACAGUGGGGCAAGAUGAUGAGCAUCACUAACUAUUCUACCUCCUGGGUCCCCCCUCGGGUGUGCUGGAGCUCCCCCCGGGCUCCCCAGGGGGCAGAAGCCCCUGCCUGUGGGAGGAGGUGGGUGUGCCCUCCUGCUCGCCCUGGGGCUCCCUGUGCCAGGCUCUGGGGCACAGAACAGAGUAUUUUCAUAGAAGCUCAGGGCGCAGUCGGUGCCCACAGCUCGGGGUCCAAAGCUGCAGCCAGCGGCAUAUCCAGGGGAGGCAAACCCAGCCCAGCCCCAGCAAAUGAUGGUAUUUUGAAAGUAAUUUAUUUUUUUCAGAUGUGCCGCGUGGUUGGAUUUAUCUUUUCACCGAGUUCAGUUCCCUUCAACCAAUGUGCUUU